AAUGAAUAGCUCAGCAAUGAGGCUUUGGAGCCUAUCCCAAAGAAACUUUUCGUCAUCUAAAUCACAUCAUAAAAGACCUCCGAAGCAUAACCCAUAUGCUAGGGCAAGGGACAGAGAGGAGCCCCCACAAAUGAAAAGAAAGAGAGGAUUAAAGAGGCUAAGAUUUGAGUUACGUCGUACUGUGACUCAGAUAAAGUCCCAAUUGAUCCCCUCUCUUGCUCCAUAUAAAUCUUUCAGCUUUAUUGGAAGAACAAUAAUCUUGGGCUUGCUUGCUCUUUACAUGUUCCGCUACCUCCAAAGGAGCCAGAGUUUAAUCAGAGAGUUCAAGGUUGAAGAUACAGGGAGACCUAAUUUUUCCCACACCCUCGGGUUAGAAAAGAAGGUCGAUGAUAUCCUGAAGAAAAAUCGAGGAGAUUAGCUUGUAAAUUAGUGGCUGGCAU